AAGGAGUAUAGGCUCCAAACGGUGAAAAAUGUCAAAUGUUAGACCCCAAAUUUAUACUUAAGUCAUAAAAUUAAAAUGAAGACCAUUCAACAAAAGUAUGCAAAGGAGUACAUAUAUUACAAGAAUGAUUGAGCCUUGUGACUUUAUGAGUACACUUAUCCAUUCAUUCAUUCACACCAAUAAUUCAUUUUUCCUUAUACCCCAAACAAAGAUAAACCAGUCAUUUCAUUCACAAUCACUUGUUUUUGCCAAAAAAAAAAAAAAAAAAAAAAAAAAAAAAAAAAAAAUCAAAAUUGGAAAAUAGUAGCCGGUCAAGGAUGGCCAUAGGCGAGACGUUUCUGUCUGCAUUUCUGCAGGUGUUGUUUGAGCAGCUGUUGACUACCGGAGGAAGCCAAUUCUUGAAGUUGAUUGGUGGUGUUGAUCUGCCGAAAACAAUCAGGAAAUGGAAGAUACAACUUACUAGGCUGGAAGCUCUGUUGGAUGAUGCUGAGCUGCAGCAAUUUCACAGUAAACCUGUCAAAUUGUGGCUGAAUGACCUCCAAGAUUUAGCUUACGACAUUGAAGAUGUUUUGGAUCAUUUCGCAAUCGAAGCCCAACUAUAUAAAAAGGCGGAGGAAGAUCAAGUUAAUGCAGUAGAUGAUCACUCAAUCGCUGGGAUUCUAAACAAUAUGGCGCAAACUAUUCGUGCAAGUGGUUCAAGAGCUGCAAAUAGUCUCUCCAGCUUGCUCAAACCUAUUGAUCAAGACAUUCGCGACAAAAUUGAUGACAUUACAGAGCGCUUGCAAGAUAUACAGGACCAGACGCAUAGUUUGAGCCUCACUGCUGCACACAUGUUGGAGCAGCAUGUUGUGCGACAGCGGAAGCAAAGGUCGUAAACAAACAAGAAAACAAUAAAGAAAUUCAAUGCAAACAAUAAGA